AUGUAUACAUAUAUAAACCCACAGCCACAAUUCCCAGAGCAAGAACAAUUAAAGUGUCCCAGGUGCGAUUCUACCAACACCAAAUUCUGCUAUUACAAUAACUACAACCUCUCUCAGCCGCGCCACUUCUGCAAGAGCUGUAGAAGGUACUGGACUAAAGGCGGUGUGCUUAGAAACAUCCCUGUCGGCGGUGGCUCCCGGAAGAACACCAAGCGAAGCUCCUCCUCCGCCGUUGCCUAUUCUUCCACUGCCCACCACCCCAAACGCCCUGCCCCCGCCACGUCUUCUGUCUCGCCACCAGUCAGUGGAACAAAUACUGAAACAUUUCCUCUUAAGGCAAAUAAUUACCUGGAGCAAUUUGGGAGUACCAGCUCAUUGUUGGGGACUAGUGGAGGACAAUUUGGUAAUUUUGUUGAUGGAAGAAAUUUGCAGAUGGAUGGGUCGGGUUUUGAACCGGGUUACGCGUCAGGAUCCGGUCCAAAAUGUGGACCUACAAGUGAGGUUGGAAGGUGGAAGUGA